AUGACACUACGCCGACAGCAGAAACCUCACUGGCUUUGGCACCAUAAGCGCCGCGAAGCCCAACUUUGCAUAAUUCUCAAAUCUCUACAAGAGUCUACUGAGGACCAGAUCACUUCCAGGAGGGCACAGCACAGCGGCAUGCAACUAAACCCUCUCGAUUUCGAGACUGGCGAUACCGCGCCCUCCAUAACGCUUUUUUUCGCUCCUCGGGACGACAACCACCUCCUCAUCAGGAAGACUCUGUCCCAGCUACAGAAGAACAACUUUUUCCGCUGCUCCCUCGGCACUGGCACCAAGUACCAAGACAAAUCCCAGCGUCAGCUCAAUAAUAUGCUUCGAAGCGCGCUCGUCGAAACCUUCAAGGACUACCACAGCAUCGCAAACCGAUCUCGCAACGUCGUCGCGGAUCUGCAUCGCUACGAGGAUGACGGGUCUUUCAAUAGCGCCAUUUGCCACAAUGGCAAGCAAGCCAAUCUCCGAGUAGUGACUUCUCACGAGCUUCGUUCUGAAAACCAUCGAAUGCGUCGUAACCACCAAGUCCUCACUAUCUCUAUCAACGAGCAUCCUGGUGCUCUUCCUUCAAUCACUGAAAUUCAAUUUCUGGUCAUCCAGAUCCGACAAGCUAUGCGCGCCGAGCGAAAGCUGGGUUUUUUCAAAAACCCAUACACCAGAAACAGUCAGCCUAGAAUGACCAAAUACGAGUUCCCAACUCUGGUCACCAUUAUCUACCGCGGAGGCUACGUCCGAGUCAUUCACGGCUAUAUGGAUGGCACGCUCAGAAUCCAAUAUACAGAGCCGAGACAAGUUACCGUCAACAACUUUGAGUCAAUGAUGGAGAAACUUCUCCAAUGGAGUCUCCCCGAGAUACAAGGCGAUCCCACAAAAGUCGUCACGCUCCCAACGAUCCAGGAGGAGGAGGAAGACUCUACAGAGCAAGACAUUCAGCUCCCAAGAAUAACGCGAUUGACAAGACAAGAGAUGAACCAGCUCAAUACCUUCUUGCAACGCUGCCUCAAGUCACAAUCCAAUUUUACUCAUGCCUGUCUCUACCAACCAUUCUCGCGCAACACUAACCACAAUAACGUCCGCUCCAAGUACUUUUUCAGCAAGUGCGCAUACAAUUCCUGCAUGUUGCAACGCCCCAUCGCAUGCAAAAGAAAUAUCUGCAAAACACCACAUUCUCCCAAACCAAAGCCCAAUUCAAAUUUUCGGGUCUUGAGUCCUGAUGAUCAUUUAUUGACUCCGUUCGUUUAA